AGUUUAACUUUCAAAUGUGUCACUUAUGACCACACUGUAGGGUUAAGCUUGUUAAAGUAUGUUAGUGUUCGUUCAGACGGGUGUAGCCUAGAAGCAGAGUCACACCAGAUCAAACAGCUGGACGGGCUGACCAGCGGCGCCGUUGCGAUGGGUAACCGCGGGAUGGAGGAUCUGAUCCCGCUGGUGAACCGGCUCCAGGACGCGCUGAGCUCCGCGGGUCACACCUCCAGCCUCAACCUGCCUCAGAUCGCCGUGGUGGGAGGACAGAGCGCGGGAAAAAGCUCGGUGCUGGAGAACUUUGUGGGCAGAGACUUCCUUCCUCGGGGGGCAGGAAUCAUCACACGCAGACCGCUGAUCCUCCAGCUGCUCACUGCUGACAUGGAGUACGGGGAGUUUCUGCACUGCAAGGAGAAAAAAUUCACCAACUUUGACAGGAUCCGUGAUGAGAUCGAGGCCGAGACUCGCCGACUGACAGGGUCCAACAAAGGGAUCUCUCCUGUCCCCAUAAACCUAUGCAUUCACUCUCCUCAUGUGCUGAACCUGACCUUGGUUGACCUCCCAGGCAUCACCAAGGUUCCUGUCGGUGACCAGCCGGCCGACAUCGAGUACCAAAUCAGAGACAUGAUCAUGCAGUUCAUCUGUAAGGAGAACUGCCUCAUUCUCGCUGUUACACCCGCAAACAUGGACCUCGCCAACUCAGACGCCCUCAAACUCGCCAAAGACGUUGACCCACAGGGCCUGCGAACCAUCGGCGUGAUCACGAAACUCGACCUGAUGGACGCCGGAACAGAUGCUCGGGAGAUCCUGGAGAACAGACUACUUCCUCUACGCAGAGGUUACAUUGGCGUGGUGAACCGUAGUCAGAAGGACAUUGAGGGGAAGAAGGACAUUAAGGAGGCUCUCCUGGCUGAGCAGAAGUUCUUCCUGUCACAUCUGGCCUACAAACACAUGGCUGACCGUAUGGGCACGCUGUACCUGCAGAGAGUCCUCAACCAGCAACUGACCAAUCACAUCCGAGACACUCUCCCGGCCGUCCGCAGCCACCUCCAGGAUCAGCUGCUGGCUCUGAACAGAGAAGCUGAGGAGUAUCAACAGUUCAGCCCCGACGACCCGGCACGUCGGACCAAGACUCUGCUCCAGCUGGUCCAGCGUCUCUCUGUGGACUUUGAGAAGGUGAUCGAGGGCACAGGGGACGAAGUGGACACCGUCUCUCUGUCAGCAGGGGCCAGGAUUAACCGCAUCUUCCACGUACACCUCCCCUAUGAGCUGGUCAAACUGGAGUCAGAUGAGAAGAAGCUGCGACGAGAGAUCAACUACGCCAUCAGAAACAUCCACGGAGUCAGGACGGGCCUGUUCACCCCCAACAUGGCGUUUGAAGCGAUAGUGAAGAAGCAGAUAUCGAGGUUAAAGGGGCCAUGUUUUAAAUUUGUUGAUCUGGUCCGUCAGGAGCUGACCAAAACGGUGUACCAGUGUAUCAACAAGCUCAACGCGUUCCCUAAACUCCGAGAGGAGACGGAGAGGAUCGUGACCACAGCGAUCAGAGAGCAGGAGAGUAGAUGCAGAGAUCAGGUGCUGCUGCUCAUCGACAUCCAGCUGGCCUACGUCAACACUAAACAUGAAGACUUCAUCGGCUUCACUAACGCUCAGAGGACAAACAACCAAAACAACCAGAAGACGGUGACGGCAGUACACCAGGCAGUGACUCCUCUCUCCAGCCUCAUAGUCAUACGUAAAGGCUGGCUGACCAUCAGCAACAUUGGCAUCAUGAAGGGCGGAGCCAGAGGAUACUGGUUCAUCCUGACGGCAGAGAGUCUGUCCUGGUACAAAGAUGAGGAGGAGAAGGAGAAGAAGUACAUGCUGCCUCUGGACAACUUAAAGCUCCGAGACGUGGAGAAGAGCUUCAUGUCCCGAGAGUUUGUCUUCGCUCUCUUUAACACUGAGCACAGGAACGUGUAUAAGGACUACAGGAGUCUGGAUCUGGCGUGUAGCUCUCAGGACGAGCUCGACAGCUGGAAGGCAUCUCUGCUGCAGGCCGGCGUUUACCCUGAGAGAGUCAAUGUAGACGAGAACGAGAACGGAGCUCCUGAGUACUUCUCUGACCCUCAGCUGGAGCGCCAGGUGGAGACGAUCCGCAGCCUGGUGGAGUCUUACAUGAGCAUCAUCUACAAGACCGUCAAGGACUUAAUGCCAAAGACCGUCAUGCACAUGAUGGUCAACAGUGUGAGGGAGUUCAUCAGCUCUGAGCUCCUGGCUCAGCUCUACGCGCUGGGAGAGGGAGCGGCUCUGAUGGACGAGUCGGCCGAGCAGCAGCAGCACCGCCAGGAGGUUCUCCGCAAACACACCGCCCUCAAGGAGGCUCUGUCCGUCAUUGGACAGAUCUCCACCUCCACCUGCACCACCCCCCUACCCCCGCCUGUGGACUCCUCCUGGAUCAAGACCUCCAGCGUCGCUCCUCAGAAGUCGUCGAGCAGCAGCAGACCAGGGGGUCGAGGUGUUGCUCCGUCUGCACCUCGCCUGCCCCCCCACGCUGGACCCUUGGCCCCCACCGGCACUGAUGGCCUCCGAAAGCCCCAGUCACAACCCCACCGACCUCCGCCCAGCGUGCCGAGGAGGAGUCCUCCGGCCAUCCCAAACACAAAAUAACCAGCUCUGCACAGAACUGCAUUACCCACGUGCCCCGGCUGCAGCAGACCUGCAUGAUGGGUAAUCCAGCUGUUCCUCUGAGUGUCUGCAGGAUCUGUUCUCUCCAUCAGAUCAUCAUCGAGGAGAGCUGAACGUUGUGUAAAUAAAAACUGACUGAUGUUCCUGUGAGAGAAUACACAUGCACUAUUUUUACUGUUUAAUAAACAGGACUUUUAUUUUC